UGAAAUAUAUUCAAUAUGGGUAGAUCUUUUUAAAUCGCCCAAAAUAGUAUAUGGGACUAACAUUAUGAAAUGGAUGGAGUAUUUUUACUUAAUACAAAAUUCCUAAAUUUGGAAUGCCAAUUGAAAAAUACAAUAAUUCAUCACCUAAAAUUCUUACUACGGGAGGAACCAUAGAUAAAAAUAUAAAGUAGUUGUUGAUGAUUAAAUGUCAUCUUUGUACCCAACAAAUCAACAUCGAUUUCAUCCCACAUUAAAAAAAAAAUACCCCAAAUUCAAAUGUAAAUAUUUAUACUUUAUAUGAAAUUGAGUACUAAGAGAUCAAUUUAAAACAUGGGAGAUGCAGAGUUAGAGGCAAGGCAGUGUUUAAUUAACCCAGAAUAUGAUCCAUUACCAACUUCUCUUUUAAGGUGUUUGUAUGUUGGUCACUUCUUAUCAAGAUGGAGUGCUAGAAUGUGGGAAUUCUCUGUGGCUUUAUAUAUGAUUAACAUCUGGCCAGACUCAUUGCUUCUGACGGCGCUAUAUGGAGUUGUAGAAUCAGCUUCUGUUGCGCUCUUUGGUCCUAUUAUUGGGGAAUGGGUGAACACACUGGCUUAUGUCAAGGUUCUUCAGCUUUGGACAGUGUCACAGAAUCUGUCAUUUAUAGCUGCUGGAGUCGCAGUAAUGGUUUUACUUGUCUACUCGAGUUUAAAGAGCAUAAUCUUUACGCCACUUGUUUUGGUAACUUAUCUCUCAGGAGCUGUUGCAGUGCUUUCAACCCUUGCAGGAACCAUCUUGAUUGAAAGAGAAUGGGUUGUUGUGAUGUCAGAAGACCAGCCUACUGGAGUAUUAGCAAAGUUAAAUUCAGUUCUUAGAAGAAUUGACCUGGUUUGCAAAUUAUGUGCUCCAGUGGUUUCUGGUUUUAUUGUAAGCUUUGUAUCAUUGACAGCAUCAGCUAUAUUUUUGGCCCUUUGGAAUGUGGUAUCUGUGUGUGUUGAAUACUGGUUACUUAGCUCUGUAUAUGAGGGGAUUCCAGCUCUGCGUUUGAAAGAUAGCAAUAGAAAGCAGAACCCAUCUUCUGAUCCUGAACCAAGCAAGUCUAUUUCUGAACAGAACUCCGACUUGCCUAUUGAAAACAAAAACAACAUUCCUUCUCCCGAAACCCAUGCAUUUGGAUGUUUUUCAAUACUUCCUUGUCUCGGUGCUUGGAAAGUAUACUUAAACCAAGAAGUGGUGCUUCCAGGCCUAUCCUUGGCCUUGCUGUUUUUUACGGUACUCAGGUACAUCUUUAACCUAACACUAUUGAUUGUCUUGGGUUUCAGUCUCACAGAGAGAAAUAGAAAAAAUGACAUACUUUGUUGGUCUUCGUGCAGCUUUGGUUCUCUGAUGACUGCUGUCUUGGAAUGGGAAGGCAUACCUGCAUAUCAGAUAGGUAUAGCCCGAGGCAUAAGUGCUAUUGUAGGAAUAACAGCAACCUUUACCUAUCCAAUUCUAGAGUCGAAAAUUGCAACUCUUAGGACUGGACUUUGGUCCAUUUGGUCUCAGUGGUCAAUUCUUCUUAUAUGUGUUGGUUCUAUAUGGGUCAAAAACAAGCUACCAUCUGCAUAUAUGUUAAUGAGUGGCGUUGCAGCAUCUCGUCUUGGAUUAUGGAUGUUCGAUUUAGCUGUCAUCCAACAAAUGCAGGACCAAGUGCCAGCCUCUGAUCGCUGUAUUGUGGGAGGGGUCCAGAAUUCCAUCCAGUCUGCUAUGGAUUUGUUAGGUUAUAUCAUGGGAGUAAUUGUCUCUAAUCCAGAGCACUUUUGGGUGUUGAUAUUGAUAUCCUUCGUAAUAGUAACAUCAGCUGCAAUACUCUACACACUGCACAUAUGGCGUGUCCGGAAGCACUUAUUUCACUUUGAUAAGCUAUAUGGAUUAACUCAAAGAUUUCUUGGAUCAUCCUCCUGAACUAAUAUUCUAGGUGGCCUUGUAAAUUGUAAUGAACAAAUAUCACAUCAUAAAGUGUUUUUUUUUUCCUUUUAUUUUUUAUAUAGCUUCAUAAAUGGUUGGAUAAUAGAAAUCUAAUGUUUCUCCCUUUGAUCUUUUAAGGAAAUUAUUUGGUUAUCAGAUUUCCCUGUCUUUUGUUGAAAGGUUCAAAAGAGAUCAAAAGGUCUGACGUGAAAUCCAUUUUGGUGUGCCAAAAAAGUAGUGAUACAGCUACAUUUUGCUUUGUUGGGGCUAUUUUUAUUUAUAUCAGUCUCUUUUUA